AUGUCCGCAGUACCACCCCGUUCUAGCCUCCCCAGUUUCCAACUCAGAAACUUGUUCACUCCCCAAGACAGCAUCUCCUCGCUACGCCAGGCGACCGGGGCCCAACCCGGUCAAACCACUCACUACGCCAGCAGUGGAGUCCCGACAGCACCACCUGUGAUACCACCUACUACUGCUGCACCGCCUGGUCGGCCACCUACACCCUCUGGUUUGCCUCAAGGACCUGGCGGACCUCCGCAAGGCGGUGGACCUCCCCACGGCGGCAGACCCCCUCCGGGUGGCGGACCUCCUCAGGGACCCGGCGGACCACCACCUGUGGCUCCUCUUAACGCACCAGGCAUCGUCGCUGGACGAACCAAAGUCCGCGCACCCAAUGUUUUUGACGGAGACCGCGACAAUCUACGCACCUUCCUCAAUGAACUCUUCCUGUUCUUUGAAGCACGCCCAGCCGACUACGCCACCGACCAGAGCCGCAUCGUCACCGCUCUAACGUUCAUGGACGGACCGAAGGUGAUCACCUGGAAGGACGGAUACAUCGCUCAGGCCCGACAAAACGGCUGGAACACCUGGAAUGCAUUCGAGACGGUCUUACAACAGACCUUCCAGCCCAUCGAGGAAGCCGCUACGGCCGCCUCCAAGCUGUACCACCUCGACUAUCGACCUGCCGCACCAGACACCUUCAAUGCGGAAUUCUUCCGCCUCUGCGCCCUCGCCGGUAUACUCGAAGACAGUGCUCAGCUGUCCUUUUAUAAGGAGCGUCUCCCAGAAAGCAUGCGACGACGGGUUCGCCUCACGUACCCCAUCCCCACCACCGUUAAUGAGUGGGCAGCACGGGUGUUGGAGAUCGAACACUCCAACUACGAGGAACGACACCUGCGCCAACUCGAGGGACGCUCUCGCAACGACCGGCAGGGUCAAGGCACAAAGGGACAGUCCGCUCGUACUAACUCCAUACGACGAGUCGACGCUCCAGCCAUGAAGGAAGACAGAGAGAAGAAGCAAUGCUUCUACUGCCACAAGACUGGUCACAUCGCACGUGACUGCCUUAAGAAGAAGGCGGACAAUCGUGCUAAGGGACGACAGCCUGGACAGAAGAAGCGGAAGGUGCGCAAGGUCGAUGAACUAGAGGAUGGCGAGGUCGCUGACGAUGAAGACAAUGGCGAAGCCACACCUGACAAAACGAUCAGUCAGGUCGACGUAGGCGAUUCGGAUGAGGGUUUUUGA